AUGGGCGAAUCGAGAAGCGUUGAGGAAUUGAGAAACGGCAUCGUCUUCGAGAACCACCCGCAUGCGAUCAGUGACACAGCCGAGGAGGUCAUCAACCGCAAUGUCCCAUCGACACCCCCCUCUACACCGCAUCAGAGCAAGAUCGACCUCAAACAGCUGCGAGCCGAUCAGAUCUGUGUCUACCGCUCGGAAACCGCCGACUCGGAAAGUCGCACGAUGCUCUACGUUUCCGAAUACAAGCCCCCGCAUAAACUUACCGCGCCGCAUCUUCGCCUCGGUCUGCGCCCGAUGAACAUAUACAAAGAGGUGGUCAACCGAAAAACAAUCCCCACGUCAGUCGACCCGGACGCGCGGUUCCAGUAUCAUGCAGAGAGACUCACAGCCGCCGCCAUCACACAGACCUAUCACUACAUGAUCGAAGGCGGACUCGAGCACGGCUUGCUGACGACGGGCGAGGCAAUCGUCUUCUUGAUGAUUGACUGGCGCGAGCCCGAGACACUCUUCUAUCAUCUUGCAGAGCCGUCUGCGGAGGCGGAAGCUCACCCCGAGCAUGCCCACCUCUGUACGGCAGUCGCCCAGUAUCUGGCCUUCAGUCUGAUUGCUCUGAUGAAGGAACCCGACGCAGUGAGCGACUUCUAG